CUAUUUCAUUGUUGACAAGUAACUACACAAAUGGGAACAAAUGGCGGCGUGUUAAUACUUAGUAGUGAGAAGAAAAGCCCCAGUCCAAGAAGGAAAAAAAAACAAGGUGAUUGCACUAAUAAACCUUCCUUCCAAAUUAAGUUGUGUCAUUUGUGGGGCCAUUGCCACCUUUCCUUCCCUUAAAUUCCUCCCCCUCUCCGCCCCCAUCCUGCUCAUUCCAUUCCAUGAACCCGAGCUGGCUAAGCUCCAAGAAAUCAAUCAGCAGCUAGCUCUCACUGAUCUCCUUCCCCUAGCUUGGUUGGCCUGUUUGUCAGGUUGAUCUGUCCAAUUGUGCAGUCUCAUAUCGCCAUCAUAUCGAUCCUAGCUCGGGAGUGCUCAGCAGAAUUCGAUCUGCUUACCUUUUCCUAAAUGGAUCUCGCGACGACGCCGGCGCGACGACCCAUGGAGCCCGGGCUGGCGCGGCGGCUGUGGCACGUGGUGCUCGCCGUGUGCCACAUGCUGCGGCGCGGCCUCUCCCGCAAGCGCAUCAUGAUGGACGUCCACCUCCUCCUCGGCCGCGGCAAGCUCGCCGGCAGGGCGCUGCGCGGCCUCCUCGCCCACCCGGCAGGCCACGGCCACGGCCACCUCACCGCCUACGGCGCCGGCGCGUCCUCAUCCUCGCUGGCGUCGUUCUACGGCCACCCCCGGGAGGUGGAGUUCAGCUGCACCACCACGCCGUCGUACCUGCAGCACUACGGGCUCUUCCCCUUCAAGGGCGGCCGCCGGGGCGCGCGCGGCGAGUACGGCGGCCUGGACGCGGCGGCCGUGGCGCGGGCGUUCGAGAUGCUGAGCACCGAGGUGGAGGCCGGCGGGGGCACGCCGGCCGUGUCGGCUGCCGGAGGGGUGGCCACCGCGACGCCGUCGCCCAUGGUGGCGUGGAUCCUGGGCCGCAGCCCCGCGGGGGUCCGGCCGCUGCGCGUCACCGACUCGCCGUUCCCUGCCGUGCCGGAGGACGGGUGCUGCAACGAGCGCGUGGACGCCGAGGCCGACGACUUCAUCCGCAAGUUCUACGAGCAGCUGAGGCUGCAGCCCUCCGCCGCCACGCCGGACUACGGCCACCGGCGCCGCCGCGGCUAGGUAGCUAGCUCGAGUUGCAUUGGUUGGGAUCCGUGCGUGCCGCGUCGCGUCUCGUGUUGUCCGUGGUCGCAUCGCAUCUCAUGCAUGCAUGGGCAUGGCCGAUGGCGACGCCCAGUGACGACGACCGUGACGGGAACAUGCUGGGCCCGGCCGGUGCGCGAAUUGAUCGAAUCACUUGCUUUAAUUACCAUGAGGAUACAAAUCCACAUCAAGCUACGUCGUAUUUCGAUUGUUGGUUUAGUUUGAUCAUCCAUCUGAGGUAAAUUUAUUCUAGAAUUUGGGUGACCAUGGCGAAGCCGGAGAUUGAUCGAUCAUGCGCAUUGUUCAUUUCAUCCACCAAUGCAACUUAUUCAUGAAACCAUUCAUGGUGC